CAAAAUAGAGGCUCUGCAUUUAAACAACGUCCAUGGGGAAGAAACUGAGCAUUGCCUCAGCGAGAGAUCGAGUGGUUACGCGAUCUCAAUCCAUUUCCAUGGAACGUGCAAAAAUGACGAAGCGAUCUUCGCCAAAAAAUCCAGUUGUUGCUGCAGAGCCGGAAGGAAUGGUAAAGCGAAUGCGGAGAGAUAUUAAGCCCAUUCAUUCUUGUAGCUCUCCUCGUUCCGCUUUUCUUACUGCGCAUUCUUCUGCUUCAUCCUCUGCAUCCUCCUCUUCCUGCUGGUACGACGCGGACGUUUGGACAGAGGUAGCAAAGUUUCUGGAUGGAAGAUCUUUAAUGAUGCUUGCGGCUACUAGCCGGUGGUUUUACCGUUCAGUCAUGGAAGACAGCAUAUGGAAGUAUGUUUGCCUACGUGAUCUUCAGGUCCCUGCUCCUCAACAUACUGCCUUCAAAUGGAUCAAACUCUACGUUUCUGCCUUCGACGGAAGCCACUCUUACAUUUUCCGGCAGCCAGAGAAACAUCUAGAUUGGAUGCGAAUUGGGGCAUUUUUCCUAGAUUCUUCAGUAGCACUACUAUCAGAAAGGCUAGGCUCCCAAAUGAAAAUCCCAAAACAGGAUUCAACGGAUAACACAUUGGAGUCCGGUUGUUGUGUAUUGCACAAUGUUAAAACUGGGAUCUGGAUAGCUGAUCUGCAACUUGUUCGUUGUCCCGUUUGCGACCUGAAUACAUGUGAUGGAACAAUGCAGACGUUGGAUGCUAGGCACAUAGAGCUGUUCCUAAAUGAAGGUUACCAAGAUGGUAGUUGGGAGUAUCAGAUUGUAGGUUCUCAUGAUAUCAGAAAGCCUACAGAGUCAGCUUCAGGGGCCAUUUUUGAUGUCAAGCACCUGGAAGACUCUUCAACAUCAGGAUUACUGGAUCUGAAGUCAUGGACAGGAAAUCGGACUGAUUGGCAACCAAAGGCAAUGAUUACUCUCAACGCUGUUGCUGUAAAUACCUAUUUGCAAGACAACGAAGGAGUUCACGUGAAAUAUCAAGCCAUGAGAGCCGGAGCAAACGGAGAGGUGGUUUCUAUCCGAAUUUCUCAGCAGCUUCUUUAGUUUCUUCCUUCUUUUAUUAUUCCUUCUCUUUUCCCUUUUGAACUUCAAAUUCAACUCACUAUACCAUGCGCCACCAAAUAAGUAUAUACCCAAACGAAAACUAAACUAAUAACCAUUUCUACAAAUUAAUGCUUUUC